AAUAUAUUGGACAAUAAUUAGGUGGCUUUCAAUCUUGUAAUACGUUUUCGCGUUUGUUGCAAACCAGUUAAUCCAUUACAUUUUUGCUAAUUUACUCUGAAUAAUAGAGAUUUUCUCAAUUUUUAGACAUUUCGUUCGAAUAACAAAUCUGGUCAUACGAAACAAUAUUUUUACACGUUACUGCAUUAUAAGAAUAAUUGACAAUCCAAUAGUCUGAUUUAUGUAACUCCGGUUUAUUAUUAUGCGCGAAACGAAUUAUCAUUAUCAAGAAUUAAUAUAAUACAUAAAAAUGGAUUAAUGAUAACUAUGAGUUAACAGAUUUGUAAUGAUCUAUCAAUACAAUGCUAUGAACUACAGCUGAACUAACAAUACCGAUUAUUUCUUCAAUUAUAAUCGACUAUCAGUUUUAGUAUAAUUACCAUAAGUAAUAUCAAUCUUAUCAGCAUUAUCUAAAAGUGUGAUAUAGACUUAUGUGUACUUUGGAGAAUCAUCAAAAUAAUUUUAACAAUGAUAAUCAUCAUCAACAGUGUCAAAAUGAGAAAUUAUCCAAUACAUUGAAAUCAUCGUCAUCAUUAUCUUCAACAUCAUGUUGUGUGUACAAUAAUGACAAUGAUUUGGAUGAAGUGAGAAUUUUUCUUGAUGAAAAUGAAAAUGAUAUAACUGAUCAAGAUACAAGUGGUUAUGAAGUUUCUGAAGAAUUAUCAACAAAAGUUGUUCGGCGAAAUUCAUCUUUAUCACUUACUUCAUCAUCUUCCUCUUCAGUAUUAUUGAAAUCAUUCCAUGGACCUAUUCAAUCAGCAUCACAUAAAACAUCUAGACCAUGUAGGGACAUAAAUUUCACUAAUAAUAAAGUUUAUACAUAUCCUUAUCCUACAAAGCAAACUCCAAACUGUACAGUGUUAAAUGCACAAUCACAUAAACAACAAAGUAAGGAAAAUCUUAUUCCAAAAAAUAAAUAUAGUGAACAAUAUAGAACUAAAAAUUAUCAUACACAUUCUAUCAAACAGAUGCCAAAGAAAAGUUCAAUUCAAAAUCAAAUGAAAGGUUAUCAUUCAAAUAAUCAUAAUAGUCUUCUUGAAGAAAAUCCCAUCAAAAUAGAGCAAUUGAGUUGUAAUACAUCUUCUCAAGAUGUAUUAAACAAAAAACUGCAAUGGAAUCGAACUGAUAGUAAAAUAGACAAACACAGUAAAGAAUAUAAAUUACAAAAUAAACAGUUUAGUUUCGAUGAAGAAAAAUCAACGAAAAGAAAAACAGAUAACAUGAACACUCAGUACUGUUCAAUUAAAAAUUCAAAAACCUGCUCUAAAAAAAAUUUCUCUUCAAUAUGCACUUUAAACGGAAAUAAACAUGUACAGGAAACAACUACAGAUUUAUGUCUCAUGUCAAAUUCAAUGUUAUCUCGUCCUUCUACAUCUAACUCCUUAUGUCAAAUGUAUCAUAAUAAAAAAUCCAACUCACUCUGUUCAAAUGAUCACCAAUUCAAUAGUGUACCUUCAUCCGGUAAAGAUAGGCGAGCAAUUUCAAAAGCUGAAGAUGAAAAACGUCAAGCAAUUAGGAAAGUUCAAUUAUUAGCUUCUGAAGUAGCAUUAAUAUCGGCUAGACAGAAAGCGUUGGAACGUAGACAAGCUAAAUUAUUAGAAAUUCGUAAAAAUUUACAAUUUAAACAUAAACAAGCUGAAGCUCGUAGAAAAGCAAUUGAAGCUUCAAAACAGCAACGCUUCAAUCAGUUAUCUAAACAGUCUCAAGGUUCCUAUCAACAAAAAACUAUCUCGAACCAUCCACAACAACAGAAACUUCCUAACAGACCUUCCACUUGUGGAUCUCACUUAAUUCAUAAUUAUCAAAAAAUGAAUAAAAAUAGUACAAAAGUAUCUACAUCAAGGAAUACAAAUGAAUCAAUCACAUCAACAACAUCCGUAACAACAAUAACAACGAUCAAUACUAAUAAUGUUCUGACUACAUGUCCUAUUGGUUUUGGUUCUAGUACACCAAGAUUUGUAUGUUAUACAAGUAAAGAAUUAAUGCAUUUCAAACAUUCAUCUAUAAUAAAACAUACAAAUAAUUCAAAUAGAAUGAAUACACAAUUAUCAAACAAAAUAAUAAAACAUUCCAUGGAUCCAUUUCAUCAUUAUAAUGAUAAAAUUAAUAGGAUGAUUGUUGGUUCUUCUAGACAAAAUAGUUAUACUAAACAUUCCCUCUUUCUUAAAAGUGACAAUUAUCAUUAUUAUACAAAUAAACGUCUCAUUAAAUCAGCACAUCAAGAUACUACAACAACUACAUCAGAUACUACUACUGAUGACAAACUUUAUUAUCAUAAUUGGCAAAGUUUAUCACUUUACUUAGACUAUGAUUCACUUGAUACAAGAAUAUCCAUAGAAAAUGAUCAAUCCAUCAUUUCAAUGGAACAAUCAAGUGAAAAAUUGUUUCUUCCCAAUAAAAAUAAACAUCAAAUUCAUAAAACUACUACUACUCCUACUACUAACAUUGUUGAUAGUAAUAUUAACAGUCGGAAGUUAAACUUUUCAACACAAUCCUCAACUCUACCAUCAUUCACCACAAAAAAUUCUUUGGACAAGUCAACAAAUUCCUCUAGGUCAAUGAGAUUAACAAAACAAUCGAGUAUACAAUCACUGACAUCCAUAAUGUUAUCAUCUUCAACGUAUGAUUCAUCAAAACAAUCUUUACCUGUAAAACAAAACUGUGUACCACUUGAAAAUCACAAUAAAUAUAAUACCUUUAAAUCUAGAAAUAUCAAUAAUACGAAGCCUACAAUAGUUCAUUGUCAAACUGCAAAUUCUCAUAAGUUACUUAAUGCAAAUAAACCUAACUUAAAACAAAUGAAUUCUUCAGAUGUUCAAUGUUUAAAUAAGUCAUUCAUUGAUCAGAGGAAACCAAAUUCAAAUGAAAGAAUAGAAGGGAAGAGUAUUGAAACACUACCCAGCAUAACAACAACAAUAACUCAAGGAAAUGUAGAGAAAACAUUAACAGACAGUUCGAAUUCUUCUCCUGUAUUCAAAGAUCAUCACAAAAUAGCCAACUUAAUUAUUGAAGAAAUCCUUAAAAACAUAACAGAUGAAAACCUUUCGAAAAUAACACAAUCUUCAUUAAAAACAACAAAUGAAUUAUUUAUGGAACCAGACGCAAAUGAAGCUAAAGUUAUAAAACAGCGAAUAGAAUCAUCAAAUAUAACAUCUACUGUUGGAAUUGAAUCUUCCACCUUAUCUUUAACUUCAUCACUAUCGACAGCAUCAUCAUUUUCAUUGUUAUCAAACACAACAACAAUUCCUGAAACUGUAACAGAUACUCUUGUUGUUACAACUUCUAUAAUGCAAAUUUCACCUGCAACUAUUACUUCAACAAACACUUCAUUUACUGAUAAUCUAUUGACAGUACCUAAAACACUACAAUCUGAUCAUCUAACUAUGAAUAUUAUAGAUUCCAAUAAACAAGUUGUAAAUAUGACAACAGAAUCACUAAUCAAUAAACUAGAUAAAUCUAUAAUUACUGAACAAACAAAAGUGAUUAACAAUAAUGAUAAUAAAAUACAAAUAAAGAACAACUGUCAAUCAAAUUUGAUGAAUAUUCGAGAAAAACCUAUUCAAGUUGUACAUCCAUUUAAUUCGACUAAUUUAUCUCAACCUGGAAGAUUAGUUAUUUCAUUAUCAGCUGAAUUAGCUGAACGUGAAGCACGUAAAAAACGUUUAGAAGGUAUUAUGUCACGUAUAAAACUAAAUUCUAAAGAUUAUAAUCAAACAAUAAUCAAUAUUAAAACAAUAAAUCAAUCAUCUAUUAAUAAAUUAACAAAUACAAUCCAAGAUAUAGAAAAAAUGGAUGAUUUAAGUAAAUCACAACAAGAAAUCACUUCAGUCUUAGAUAAUAUAACCAUUUCAUCAUCAACUCCAAGUUCACCGAUAUAUAGUUCAUCAUUAACGAAUAUGAAUUCACAAGAAUCAAAUAACAACAACAUAUCUACAUUAUGUAAUUUAGUCAAUAAUAUGAAUUCAGAUCAAAAUGAUAAUCAUUCUAAAUAUAAAGAUGAAUUGAUCUUGAAUGAUAACAAUGAUGAUCAUAAUAGUAACAUUGAUAAAUAUGAAUCUAAGAAUAAAUUGAUUCAAUCAGAUAGUAAUAAUAAUAAUAAUGAUAUAAUAAGAAAUCGUAUAUCUAUUAUUGAUAAUAUGUUAUCUUCUGGUAGAUUGAAUAGAAAAAGUCGUGCAGCUGAAGUAUUAAUUACUAUGAUAACAAAGAAUCAAUCCAAUUUAAAUGAGAAUAGACAUUUAGAGAAUAUACAUAAACUGGAUGAUGUUAUUAUGCCUGAUUACAAGUACAAUACAAAUACAUCAAAUGAACAGGCAAGUUAAACAUCAUAAUCUUUCAAAUAUAUUAUCAAAUUCAUAAUAAUUAUACAAUCUUCUAUGUAAUAUGUCAAUAGGUUAAAACAAACAUUGAUUCAUAUGAAUUACACAUUGUAUUGUAUCAUAUUUUACAUUUAUAAAGAUAUCGUUUUCAUUUGAUUAUUUAAAAAAGAAAGAAAAAAGAGAGUAUUGUUUAUAUAGUUAUGAUUGAUACCAUAUAAACCCAGUUGUUUUACCUUAUGUAUUAAUAUUGAUAAUGGAACGAUGAAUGUUACAGGUUAUAGGCCCUAUAUUGACAACGAUCUAUUCCUAUGUGAAUAAUGUCCACAAAGAAGAAGAAGAAGAAAUACUUCUUUCGAAUUCUAUUGUUAGAUAUGCGAGUUGUAAACAGAUUAGAGAAUAU